UUUCGGAGUUGAUAACACCAUUAUAACCUUUGUUGAAUGUUGGCAUAUUGCAUAAAAAAAUAAUAGGUAUUAGGGUAUACUUUAUAUAGGUAUGUUACAAAAGUAUAAAACAAGUUUUUAGUUGAUAGUAAAUUCAAUUAAGGUUGAGUUGUCGUCAGUAUGAGUGGUGAACCGCAAGCGAAACGUUCAAAAAUGAGUGCCUUGGAUCAACUAAAGCAACAUUCAGUCGUUGUGGCAGACACCGGCGAUUUUGAAGCUAUGAAGGAAUAUAAACCAACUGAUGCAACAACCAACCCUAGCCUUAUAUUAUCGGCUGCUGGUAUGGAACAAUACCAACAUAUACUGGAUAAGGCCAUCAAAUAUGCUAAAGAACUUGGCAGUACUAUUGAGGAACAAGUUGCUGAAACUCUGGACAUGUUGAGUGUGUUGUUUGGAUUGGAAAUACUUAAAAUCAUCCCUGGAAGAGUUUCAGUAGAAGUUGACGCAAGAUUAUCAUUUGAUAAAGAUGCAAGCAUAGCAAAGGCUAUUAAGUUAAUUAACAUGUUUGCUGAAUAUGGAAUUAAGAAGGAGAGAAUUUUGAUUAAAUUGGCAUCUACCUGGGAAGGAAUUCAAGCAGCGAGGGAGUUGGAGAAGAAGCAUGGCAUCCAUUGUAACCUGACGCUACUGUUUUCGCUGUAUCAAGCAAUCGCGUGUGCGGAGGCAAAUGUUACCCUCAUUUCGCCAUUUGUUGGACGCAUUUUGGAUUGGUAUGUUGAACACACCAAGAAGACUUACGAGGCUAAAGAAGAUCCCGGAGUGCUUUCCGUAACUCGCGUGUAUAAUUACUACAAGAAAUUUGGUUACAACACUCAAGUGAUGGGCGCGUCCUUCCGUAACACGGGCGAGAUCCGCGAGCUGUCUGGAUGCGAUUUGCUCACUAUUAGUCCGAAACUAUUGCAAGAACUGGCCAGUAGCGAUGUUCCUCUAAAGAAGGUUCUCGACCCUAAACUAGCGGCGCAAAGCGAUAUUGAGAAAGUAUCGCUUACAGAAGCGCAGUUCCGCUGGCAUCUCAAUGAAGACCAAAUGGCUACCGACAAGCUUUCCGAUGGCAUUAGAAGAUUCGCGGCGGACACGAGAAAACUUGAGUCUCUAAUCAAGACUCUUCUUGCUAAAAAGUGAUUUUAUUAAUGAUGCAACAUUACUUUAUUACUACAUUCUUUUAAGAUAUAUGGUUUGGUCUACUUAAGUAAGCAGCACUAGACCUAAACAGCAACCUACCUAUUCACUGAGAACAGCAUAAUAAAAUACUGCUUUAUUACUAGAUUAUAAUAAAAUUAUCGAAAUAAUAUAAACGAAUGCAUAUAAAAAUGGGCACCGUACGUAACUUGCAUGUUGUUCUUAAUUGACCUACGCACUGUUCGCAAAAAUAAAUUAUUGGAAUCUUAAAAUUACACCCUGUAUAUUUGGAGACGUUAGUGAGGGUCUGGUACUGCUGCGUAAUGGACGCCGACCUUUAUGUGGUGUUGAUUUCUUCUAAUUUUAUACAAAACUGUAUAUCUUGUUUUUCUGAUUCUAUUUUGUUGUCUUGUAGUGAUACUAGUAUACUAUAAUUGGUAAGAAUCUUUUAGGAAGUUUUAAUAUUUGUGGAAAAAAUGUGUUUAUAAAAUAUUUGAAUGGGCUUCCUGAAAUAGCAUUUAGAUUUAUUACCAGAGCAUUCUUUUUGAUGCUUUAAUUUUUGGAAAUGUAAAGAAUUUAUGGGACCAUAAUAUACUUAGUUGUGAAUUGUUACUUUUGUAUCGUUCAGUAAGAAGGAAUAAAUGUUUUUGAAUAUAUUGCA